GGCGAUCAAUAGGAUCUCAGGCGCACUCCAAGCACUCUCUUACGUAGACAUCCACCAAGGAGAGAGCCGAUACAACAACACGGUUGAUCUGCUCAAACACAAAAAAUCUACCUGCUUUCUGAAUCAUGUCGUUGAGCCCAAAGCAUACAACGCCUUUUUCAGUGACAGAUAUUUUGAGUCCAAUCGAGGAGACCUACAAGAAGUUCAGUGGCAUGGACGGCGCGGGGAAUCUAACCUCUUCACUGGGAGCCUACCGACAACCUCAGGUGUCUCAGACCGGCAUGCAACAGCACUCGAUGGGCCACAACGCCACCGUGGCCACCACUUACCACAUGCCGCACACCGUCUCCCAGUUCUCCCACGGCGCAAUGGGGGGAUACUGCAACGGGAGCAUUGGCAAUAUGGGAGACCUCCCGUCGUACCAGGAAAGCAUGCGGAAUACUGCAGCAGCUACAGGAUGGUACAGCGCCAACCCUGAUCCAAGAUACUCCACAAUUUCUAGAUUCAUGGGACCUUCCACAGGUAUGAACAUGAGUGGCAUGGGGAGCCUGACGGGGAUGGGAGACGCAAGCAAAGCCAUGCCAGCUCUGCACGCUGCGCCCAGGAGGAAAAGGCGCGUGUUGUUCUCGCAGGCUCAGGUCUACGAGUUGGAGAGGCGGUUCAAGCAGCAGAAAUACCUGUCGGCACCCGAAAGAGAGCACCUGGCCAGCAUGAUCCACCUGACGCCGACCCAGGUGAAAAUAUGGUUCCAGAACCACCGGUACAAGAUGAAGCGCCAGGCCAAGGACAAAGCGGCGCAGCAGAUGCAGCAACAGCAGCAACAGGACGGUAACCUGUGCCAACAGCAGGCGCAGUCCCCGCGGCGCGUCGCAGUGCCUGUUCUGGUAAAGGAUGGUAAGCCGUGUCAGAACGGCUCCAACACACCGACGCCGAAUCAGCAACAGGUUCAACAGAACCAACAACAGAGUCAACAGCAGAAUGGAGGUGGAGUGGUGCUUGCGUCUUCAGCCGGAAGCCUCGGGCAGCAUCAAAGCCAGCAGCAGGUGAACGCUUUGGAGCUGGAGGAGAUGUCGCCUAGUCCGCCUUCAUUGCACAGUCAGCUGAACAUGGCCCAGAUAGACGCAUCUGCUGUAGAUUACACCAGUAACAUGGUCAGCUCAAACCUCCUGUACGGCAGAACGUGGUAGGACUUUCAAAAGUACUGUUACUGUCCAGUUUCAUGUGAACCUGCGGAUGAGCCUCACCUGCGGAU